GCUUAUUCGGAUGCCUGGUCGUUCAACCUUACAUUAAUACAUCACGUUUAGUAGCGACGUACAUAUCUUUGGUAUGUACACAGGAAUUAAAUGCGAAAAAAGCUAAAAUUUAAUUUUUAUUUUUAAUGAGUUAAUCGCAUCGAUAUGAUGGCCGGGGAUGAAUCUUCGGUUGAGACGGCUCAGUCGGGAGAAGUUUUGUCAUGCGUGUCAUGCAGAAACCGAAAACUCAAAUGCGAUCGCACAAAACCUCGAUGCAAUCGCUGUGAGAAAGCUAAGCUUGAAUGCAUCUUCCCUGAAGCUCGAAGAAAACCGGCCUUCAAGCGGAGGAACGUAAAAGAACUCGAGGCUCGCUUGGCUCAAGUUGAAGUGCUUCUAAAGGAAACAAACCAGCAUCGGUCGCAGCGUGAUGGCACUACGCAACCGGUUAACUCGUCCAUUGAUUUGCCAGGGGCCGAGGAUGUUCUCUUUCAGGGGUUUGAUUUUACGAAUCCCAUCCCCUCCUUGGACGAUGGCACUACGUUUUCAUUUCAACAGGACCCUGCGGCUACGUUUUCGACCGGUAACUUAGAUAGCCAAGGCCAAGACAGCACCCCUUUUAUAGGCGACCUUAUGGACCUCGGUGGGAUAUUCGAAAGUUUACCCCCUUUUGAGAUGAUGGAAGACUUGAAUCGGAUUUUCUUUCUGCGUCAGGGGCAUAUAAUUCCGAUAAUCCAUCCCUCGCGCUAUCUACAAUCUUUCUAUUCUGCGCCGCACAUGAAGCCGCCUAUGUGUCUACAAUACGCAGUGUGGGCACUUGCUUCACAUGGUAAUCCCAAGUAUGGAGCAUACCAUGAUGUGUUCUAUCGGCGUGCUCGACAGUAUGCCGAGUUGGAUGAGUUAAAAGGUCACGGUGAACAUUUUAUUACAAUUGCCCAUGCGCAGGCGUGGUGCGUGAUAGCUACAUACGAGGCCAAGCGUAUGCUUUUUACCCGAGCAGCCAUGAGCGGUUCUAGAGGGGUUCGUCUCGUCCAAAUGAUGGGCCUUCAUCGACUCGACGGUAGUGCGGAAGAGAUAUGUCCAACCCUGCUACCCCCAAGAGACUGGAUCGAGCUAGAAGAACGACGACGAGUUUUUUGGGGAAUAUUUUGCAUCGAUAGCCAUUGUUCCAUUUCAACUGGCUGGCCAGUUCUUAUUGAUUCCUCUGAUAUUACAACUUUACUCCCUGCUCCGGAAUCUGCAUUCUUAAGCGGCGAAGAAGUAGAAACAUGUAAUAUUCAAAAUGCGCUUAAGGGGCGGACGUAUUCUUCCUUUGCAGGAGCCAUUUUAGUUUGUCACAUAUUCAACCAAAUCCUCAAGCACGUCCACAGACCGAAGCCUACAGAUAAUCCUGAUAACUAUGAGUAUGGCGAAUAUUGGCAGCGCCAUCGUGAGCUUGACAAUACACUCUCAAGCGCGUUUAUGUAUCUCCCAGGGUCUUUCCGACUACCAGAUAACUAUCGCGACCCGGUCGCUGUACACACAAAUCUUAACUUGCAUGCGUCGAUUAUCUGCUUACACCACGCCGCCAUCGAGACGAUAGAUACUUACAAAUUACCAGAGAGUGCUAAGAAGAUCUGCCACGAUCGUCUGAGUACAGCUGCGCAGGAAAUUGUCAACAUCAUGAAGUUGACUAGCCAUGUAAACUCAGGACCGAAGAGUCCGUUAGCUGCGUUAUCACUAUAUUGCGCAGCCUCAGUCUAUGUCUAUCUGUGCAAAGAAACACAGACGCCCACCAAUAUGGAAAACCUCGACUUUGUCAUCGCAGCUAUGCAGGCUUUUGGGAAAAACCACUCCAUCACCCGGGCUUUCCUUCGCCAAGUAGUAGUUGAUAUAGAGAGAAAUGGACUUGGAAAUAUCGUGCGACUGUCACGUCUCGAUAACCUGGGGCCCGAUUACAGGACUCAAAUCACACACAAUAUACCAUUGCUCGCCCGGUCCAAGAUAUCACGCCAUUCUCGAGUUCAGCCACCACUGCCCGGCCGUCUACCGCUCGGGAAGCCCAUGGGAAAAGUUAUCGUCGAGGAGUCUAUGGACUGCGAGCACGGGACUUGGGUCACGGACGACGUCGAAUUAUCUUCGAUCGAAGCUCGGUCUUCUGAUUACCUCACAAGACGCAGUAAACGAAAACGGACUGCUCAAUCGUGCGGUGCCAGCACUCUAGAUAGCUAUUCCGAGAACCACGAUUCGCCUUGGGCUGCAAACAUCCCAGACCGGGUAUCAUCCAAUCCCUCAACACACCCCUCUCCCGAAGACCCUAUGUCCGCCGGCACGCCGUCGCAUCCCGCCCUCUCCACUACGGGCUACGGCGUGGCUUUCCCAGGGGGGCAGGGAUUAGAUCUACCGCACCGCACGGGCUCGCCCCGCAUUAACAACGUAACCUCCCACGCGACAACACCACCACAAAGCAGCAGCAACCGCCCGCCGUCCACAGUCGACCGCUGGAAUCUCCCAGGCAUCUUCAUGGACGCGUAUACCCACCACCAGACCCCCACGGACGUACCACCCGACUUAUGUUGUUUCCCCUCCGACAACGACGACAACGUGCCCUGGUUCCUCACGAGCGAAAACGUCAGCGUGGACUGGGGCGGCGUCAACUUAACUGCGGAUACCGGCGAGACGUCAGGGGCGGCGGAACGAAGAGGGGGGUAAGUAGGCAGGUCUUAAUUCUCUCUCUGGGUGGAAGAUAAGAUGAGAAUCGAAAAGCUUGUAGUUAAGAGAAGAUUUGUCGUGUUAUAUCUACCUACAUAGAGCGGGGCGGACCUGCGAGGAUCGUGUACUAGCGCUGUGAUAUCCCCUUUAGUUUAUCGAGUGUAUUUAUUAUACUAUAUAUUAGGCGCCUUGUAUGGAACCUAUAUAUACUUGACUGUAUAUAUUUAAUCCAAGGCUUACCUAAAUUUCAAGAUCGAUCAUUCUAUAUAUACCUAAAUAUGUACCUUACCUUAGGUAGGUAGUUAAGUUUAUCCUUUGGCUAAGUAGUGCAGUCGCUAGAGUUAUCACGGGAUCAAGAGUUCGAUGAGCAAUAUAUUCAUUCC